UUGAGUGAAACGCCGCCGUUUUCUGCACCACAGCACCCCCUGCUGUGGUGAAUCCACUCCCCUCCCCAAUUAGGGUUUCUAUUAUUUUGGGGAGAAACCAACACUUUCUUUAUUCGUUCAUUUGGAAGGAAAUUGCAGCAAUGGAUGACCAGAAAUUGGAGAAUCUGAAGAUCCAAUUGCAGCAGUUACACAAUGAAGCACACGAAUUUGUGCAGAGUAUCCCGCCAACGCAGCUCUAUGGUGCUAUCGGAGUAGUCAUUCUCACUAUAUUCUUCUUCUUAAUCAUUCGUCUUUUCAAGCGUAGGGCUUCGAAUACUAUUGUGCUCACUGGAUUAAGUGGAAGUGGUAAAACUGUUCUUUUUUACCAGCUUCGGGAUGGCUCCUCCCAUCAAGGUACUAUGACAUCAAUGGAACCAAAUGAGGAUACAUUUGUACUACACUCGGAGACAACUAAGAAGGGAAAAGUGAAGCCUGUUCACAUUGUUGAUGUUCCUGGGCAUUCACGUCUUAGACCCAAACUAGAUGAAUUCUUGCCUCUGGCAGCUGGAAUAGUUUUUGUAGUAGAUGCUGUGGAAUUCUUACCUAAUGUCCGUGCUGCUUCAGAGUACCUCUAUGAUAUUUUAACCAAGGCUAGUGUUGUGAAGAGAAAGAUCCCUUUCCUACUCUUGUGCAACAAGGUAGACAAAGUUACAGCACAUACAAAAGAUUUCAUCAGAAAACAACUCGAGAAGGAAAUCGACAAGCUCCGUGCAUCAAGAACAGCAUUAUCUUCAGCUGACAUUGCUAAUGAAUACUCACUCGGGGUACCUGGAGAAGCUUUUGCAUUUCAUCAGUGCCUCAACAAAAUCUCAGUCGCAGAAACAUCUGGUUCGACUGGUGACAUCUCUCAGUUGGAGCAGUUUAUCAGAGACUAUGUUCAAGCUUGACCGAUUGUACCAAAUUAGAACCAUGGUUGUGAUUUUUGUUUUCUACCGGUGACUGUAAAAGCAUUGAGAUCUGUAGAGACGAGAGAGCAAGAAGAGCGGUCUUUGUAUAUAACUUUGCAUUCUUAAUUUUCAGUCACAGAAAUACUUGUGCCAGUUGAGUACGACAAAAAAAUUGUUUAGACA